GACAAACAAGGAAGGAGUGGAGAACAAGGAGACGAAGGAAACCAUGGAGCGCAGAAAGGUGAAAAUCAAGAAGCCGGUUUCUUUCUCCAAGCGCAGGGAAGGACUGUUCAAGAAGGCUGCUGAGCUAAGUGCUUUGUGUGGUGCGGAUGUUGCGGUGGUCGUCAAAUCCCCCUCUGGCGAGAGGAUUCAUGGCUUCGGAAACCCGUCCGUAGACGUCGUCUUCAACCGUUUUCUCUCCCAAAACCCUAGUAGUGAUCGGGAGGAAGUCCUCUGUGCGGGCAAGAAAGAUGAAGAAAAAGUGACGGAAGAUUCGGAUAGGGUUUGGUGGGACAUGGAUAUUGAUCAACUAGGGUUGAAUCAGCUUGAAGAGUACAGAAUUGCAUUGGAAGUGUUGAGGAAGAAUGUCCUGGCUCGGGCUGAUGAGAUGGCCAUGACGGAGGCGGCGAGGGCUUCUUCAUCCGAUGAGGUGGCGAUGGCGGCGGCGAGGGCUUCUUCAUCCGAUGAGAUGGCCAUGGCGGCGGCGGCGAGGGCGAGGGCUUCUUCGUCCGAUGAGGUGGCCAUGGCGGCGAGGGCUUCUUCAUCCGAUGGGAUGGCCAUGGCGGCGGCAAGUGCUUGUUUCUCCGAUGAGGUGGCCGCGGCGGCGGCGAGUGCUUGUUCCUACGAUGAGGUUGCGGAGGCGGCCAUGGCAGCACUAGUGCUUGUUAAUCGGGAUGAGAGGGCCAUGGCAGCGGACAGUGGUUGUUCAUUUGUUGAUCUUUGAUUUUCAUUUUGCCCAUGAAUGUCUUGAAUACCAAAAUUAAACUGUUUUGAGAUUUGCAGACUACUGUAUAAAUUGAUUUUGAUAUGGAUAAUUCCCUGUUCUUCUCUCUUCUCACAA